AUGACAACUACUACAACAGUAUCACCCGCAAUUAGUAGUUUAAACAAAGAUAAAAACAAUCUUGGUCGUUAUUUCGCUUUAUUGUGUUUUAUUUUCGGUGGUGUUGGUCUCAUAUUAAAUGUUAUUAUUCUUACUCGCCGAUCAUUACGUUCAAAUCCUUGUUCCAUAUACUUUUUAGCAUCAACAUUUGCCAAUUUAUUCAUUGUUUUUGUAAGUAUUCCUGUGCGUUUUCUAACAGCUGGUUUUAAUAUUGAUCCAACAAUAAUGUCAUUAGCGAAUUGCCGCCUUCAGUAUUAUACCUUUUGGUUAUCUCGAGCAUUAUCAUCAUGGUAUAUUACAUUAGCUAGUAUUGAUCGUUAUCUAUGUAGUUCAAUUAGUAUCCGAAUUCGACAAUGGAGUAAUAAGGAGAUUGCUUAUCGUAUGAUUGCUAUUACGACUAUCACCGUCUCUAUGGCAUAUUUUCACGUACUCAUUUAUUUUACGAUUGAUGUAACCAAAGACCGAUACGGUAAUAUUACAUCAUUAUCAUGUAAUGGACAGAAAGGUGAUUAUCGCACUUUUGCUGCAUUUUUCCAUUUAACCUGUUACACUAUAAUACCUCCGCUUCUUAUGUUCAUAUUCGGUCUACUAGCAUUAAACAAUAUUCGACGGCACGGCAUGUUGGUUUUUCCAUCAGUUCAAGGAAGAACCAUUGCGAAAUGUAUUAACAGAAAAAAUCGUAAAACUGAUCGUCAAUUAUUGUUAAUGCUGAUUUUACAGGUGGUUUGUAUAUUUUUAUCAACAACGCCAUUAUCUGUACAACAAUUAUAUAGUACAUUUACAGCUAAUUUUGCAAAGGAUGCAUUUAAAAUGGCGCAAGAUAGUUUUUUUUUAGCAGUCGUUGGGAAUAUAUCAUUUAUCGCUCAUUGCUCAUCAUUUUACUUAUUCACAUUGGCUGGCUCAAUAUUCAGAAGAGAACUCAAAAAACUACUGCUUAUACGUCGAUGUCUCAAGAAGAGACAUCAGAAACAAGAGCUAGUAACGGUAGAAACGACAAUAACAAGACCAACAAAAUUCUGA